CACCCCACACACAGUCACACUCGCCGGCCUCCCCUCCCCUAUCGCCAUCCCGCAUCACUCCAUCACCCCCGCCGCACUACUACUAUAGGCACCCCCCCUCCCAGCGCUUUUCCGAAUCCUCCGCCAUUCUUGCACUCGGCACACUGUUGCUGCCACUGUUAGCUUGCAGCUCAAGCUCUCGCCACUAGCGUUUGGGUCAGUUCUUGGAGAAAUCGGACACUUGGUUCGCCCAUCAUUGGGAGAAGCUUGUGCUAGCUUGAGCAGGGAGGGGGAGGGGGAGCAAUGGCGCUGUCGACGACGUUCUCUGUUCCGCGGGGAUUCCUCGGCGUGCCGGCUCAGGACUCCCAUUUCGCUCCGGCGGCCGAGCUCCAUGCCCACAAGCAGCUUCAGGCCAGGCCUAUCAAGCCUCGGCGGAGGCCGGCGUGCGUGUCGGCGUCGCUGUCGGAGCGCGAGGCGGAGUACUACUCCCAGCGGCCGCCCACGCCGCUGCUGGACACCAUCAACUACCCGGUACACAUGAAGAACCUGUCCGUGAAGGAGCUCCGGCAGCUCGCCGACGAGCUCCGCUCCGAUGUCAUCUUCCACGUCUCCAAGACCGGCGGCCACCUGGGGUCCAGCCUCGGCGUCGUGGAGCUCACCGUCGCGCUCCACUACGUCUUCAACGCGCCGCAGGACCGCAUCCUCUGGGACGUCGGCCACCAGUCGUACCCGCACAAGAUCCUGACGGGGCGGCGCGACAAGAUGCCGACGAUGCGGCAGACCAACGGGCUAGCGGGGUUCACCAAGCGCGCCGAGAGCGAGUACGACAGCUUUGGCACGGGCCACAGCUCCACCACCAUCUCCGCGGCGCUCGGGAUGGCGGUGGGGCGGGACCUCAAGGGCAGCAAGAACCACGUGGUCGCGGUGAUCGGCGACGGCGCCAUGACGGCCGGGCAAGCGUACGAGGCCAUGAACAACGCCGGGUACCUCGACUCCGACAUGAUCGUCAUCCUCAACGACAACAAGCAGGUGUCCCUGCCGACGGCCACGCUCGACGGGCCCGUGCCCCCCGUCGGCGCGCUCAGCAGCGCCCUCUCCAAGCUGCAGUCCAGCCGCCCGCUCAGGGAGCUCCGUGAGGUGGCCAAGGGCGUGACGAAGCAGAUCGGCGGGUCGGUGCACGAGCUGGCGGCGAAGGUGGACGAGUACGCCCGCGGCAUGAUCAGCGGCCCGGGAUCCUCGCUCUUCGAGGAGCUCGGCCUCUACUACAUCGGUCCCGUCGACGGCCACAACAUCGACGACCUCAUCACCAUCCUCAACGACGUCAAGAGCACCAAGACCACCGGCCCCGUCCUCAUCCACGUCAUCACCGAGAAGGGCCGCGGCUACCCCUACGCCGAGCGGGCCGCCGACAAGUACCACGGUGUCGCCAAGUUCGACCCGGCGACAGGGAAGCAGUUCAAGUCCCCGGCCAAGACGCUGUCCUACACCAACUACUUCGCCGAGGCGCUCAUCGCGGAGGCCGAGCAGGACAGCAAAAUCGUCGCCAUCCACGCGGCCAUGGGCGGCGGCACGGGGCUCAACUACUUCCUCCGCCGCUUCCCCAACCGCUGCUUCGACGUCGGGAUCGCCGAGCAGCACGCCGUCACGUUCGCCGCCGGCCUGGCCUGCGAGGGCCUCAAGCCCUUCUGCGCCAUCUACUCAUCCUUCCUGCAGCGCGGCUACGACCAGGUGGUGCACGACGUGGACCUGCAGAAGCUCCCGGUGCGGUUCGCCAUGGACAGGGCCGGGCUGGUCGGCGCGGACGGGCCCACCCACUGCGGCGCGUUCGACGUCACGUACAUGGCGUGCCUGCCCAACAUGGUGGUCAUGGCCCCGUCCGACGAGGCCGAGCUCUGCCACAUGGUCGCCACCGCCGCGGCCAUCGACGACCGCCCAUCCUGCUUCCGGUACCCGAGAGGCAACGGCAUCGGCGUGCCGCUGCCGCCCAACUACAAGGGCACUCCCCUUGAGGUUGGCAAGGGCAGGAUCCUGCUGGAGGGCGACCAGGUGGCGCUGCUGGGGUACGGGUCGGCGGUGCAGUACUGCCUGGCCGCCGCGACCCUGGUGGAGCGUCACGGUCUCAAGGUCACCGUCGCCGACGCCAGGUUCUGCAAGCCGCUGGACCAAGCCCUGAUCAGGAGCCUCGCCAAGUCCCACGAGGUGCUCAUCACCGUCGAGGAAGGCUCCAUCGGAGGGUUCGGAUCGCACGUCGCACAGUUCAUGGCCCUCGACGGCCUUCUCGAUGGCAAACUCAAGUGGCGGCCGCUGGUGCUUCCGGACAGGUACAUCGACCACGGAUCGCCGGCCGAUCAGCUGGCCGAGGCCGGGCUGACGCCGUCGCACAUCGCCGCGACGGUGUUCAACGUCCUGGGGCAGAACAGGGAGGCCCUUGCCAUCAUGGCAAUGCCGAACGCGUAGGAAAUGUGGUGAUUCCGGCCUAUAGAGAUGCUUGUACAUUUGUCGUUAGAUGUCAACAGGGAGAUUAGUCUGCUUUGGAUGAUGAAAAUGCCGUGGGAGCAACAACGAGCGCUUUCAUUAUGUAUUUUGACACUAAAAAAAAUACAGAUAUGUUCUUACGGCAGGCAAUGUUUUUGAACAAGGGUCCCAAACA